CUGGUGGUCAUGGCUUUCAGAAAUGUGAACCGAAGACGACAUGUUGGACUUCAGCAGCUUUCAUCUUUAGCAUCAACAGGAAGAACGCUUUUAGGGCCACUAAAAUCCUAUAAAUUUAUUGUAAAUGAAAGCACUAAUGAGAGUGUUUUGGCUUGCUCCGUAGUUAGACUUCUUGAAAGUUUAGAUUUAACUAGUGCAGUGGGACAGCUUCUUAAUGAAACAAUUCAGGCACAAAGCAAAGAAUAUAAAACUGGGACAACUACCCUGUUGUUUCUUGCUGGUGCCUGGAGCAGUGCUAUACUUGAAUGUCUUCAGCAGAAUGUUCCUGUUCCAGUAAUAGUAUCUGUGAUGUCUGAAGGAUUACAUUCUUGCAGUGAAAGAGUCAAGUGUCUUCAGGUCUCAGUACAUGAUUUAUAUAAAGGGCCAGAUUCUGUUCCCAUUCAGUCAAAUUUUAUCAGUGCUAGACCCCAGAUUUUUGAAAAUAAAACUUCCAGUGCUGGGUCUAGCAGCUUUCUGAAUCCUCCUAUGCAUCUUCAUAAAGAUGUUCCUCUAACAGAAGAAGAAUGUGUUCCAGAAGGUCCUUGUUCCCAUCAAGCAAACACUUGUGAUCUUCAUAACAGAUGUUUGAGUUCACCUACAUAUGCUGCAGGCCGUCAAAUGCACUCAGCAGUUGGACCUGUGGGUGAUAAAACUAUGCUCUCAAUUCCUGGAAGCAGUUUGAUUACAUCCAGCUGCAACAAAAAAAGGUUAACUCACAGUAGACACUUUAAUGCUGUAGGAAAAAAAUGCUCUCUGCUCCAUGUAGGCAGUUUUCAAGGGAAUCCCAUCGGACCUUCAAUGCAUCACUAUGAAUAUAAAGAUUUUGGACAAUUAGCAAUGGCUCUGAGCCAUGGAAAUCAGUCUGUUAUGAAAUUGGUACAGGAUAUUGUUAGAUGUCAGCAAUGGAAAACUAAUCCCACAGGUUUGUCUCAAUUUAAUAUUGAAGAAAUUGUGACAUGCUGCUUACCAGGGGUGCCUGAAAGUUAUUCUUGUGUCUGUCCAGGGUAUGUCACAUCAGUAUCUCCAGAGAACGCCGCUGUUACCAAGCAGCUUCAGGGCCGACUGCUUCAGAUUCUCCUCGUAGACGGUGACCUAAGUGAAGAGUAUCAUCAUUUGGGAUUUAAUAGACCAACUAAUGUAAAGACAGUAUCAGAAAGCUUGGGUGUACAAGAAAGCAGCUCAGGAUGUUCAUGGACAAGUCGUAUGUUAGAUAUUUUAAUGCAGUCAGAAGUAAAUUUAAUUUUGGUAAAAGGAAAUGUGUGUGAACAUCUUAUGGAAAGAUGUAUCCUAAAUAACAUACUUAUAAUCAACCCAGUGACUCAGAAUGUGUUAUAUGCUUUUGCUCGGGUCACAGGAGCAAAACCUGUGACGUACCUCACCCAAGUAAACAGUCAGUGUGUGGGAGGUGGUGUCUGGGUGGAUUUCUGGAGAAUUGGUGAAUUGAGUACAGAGGAAUUGGAGAGCAGGAUGCUUAUCAGUAUAAAGGCUGAAGGAAGUACCCUGGUAACAGCUGUUCUUAGUAGCACUGUGAUUUCAAAGAUGCAAGUCAUUGAUGAUCAGUUCUGGACUUGUGCUUAUCGACUGCAACAUGCUUUAAUUGAUGGGAAAGUUUUUCCUGGAGGUGGUGCAGUUGAACUCUUCUGCCUCAGUCAUGUUCAGAAGCUUGUAGACCAGGCUUUAAAUCAAGCAAAUAAAAACUCUGCAGGAGAGUUUCACAGUGCUCCUUGCUGGAUGGCAGAAUCUUUGGCAGAAUUUAAACCCCUUGUCCUUAAAGCUCUAGCAAGUGGUUGGCAUAAAUACCUUUCAACAGUCAUGUGCAACUCUGCUAAUUACACAUCAGAAUUUGAAGCGAGUAUCUCUAUAAAGCAGCAUCUCAAAAAAGUGACAGGCUGUGGCUCUCCUUCAGCAUAUAUACUGCAGGAGUUUAAUCUGAGAGAGGUGGUGGGCAAAGUAGGCCCUGAUCCAUUAACUAAAUGCAUGGAAUUUGUACAGGUCUAUGACAAUGUGACAGCCAAGUUGGAAGCGUGGCGGAGGGCUCUAGACUUGGUGCUACUGGUGCUUCAGACAGACUCUGAAAUUAUCACUGGUCCAAAGAGAAAUGAAUUAUUAAGUUCACCUAUGUCAAGUGAAUUCAUAUUUAUAUAGGAUUGCAGGCUCUCUUUAUGGGUCUGACUACUCAAACUGGUUAUAUCAAAGGGAGUGAGGCUGUGUGCUUACAGCAUAUUAGCUACCCUGUGGCAAUAGCUAGUAAUGCUCUCCUGGCAUUUUUUGGACUUCAUGAAGACCUGCAUCAAAAGUAGGGAGGAUAAGUACAAUGAGGGAAGCUCUGCUUUGUGCCCUAUUUGUAUACUGGAGAAAGGUUGGUGCAGGUCUGCCAGGGACUAAUUGGUGACAGCUGAGGGAGAACUGCUCUUUAAAUACCUGUAUAGGUGCCAAGUAUGGUUGGUCCUUCUCUGAAUAUUAUUUCUAGAUGAAAAGAUGUAGCACCUGAAUCUCUUCUUGCCUGAAUCUGGCAGAAUAGGUCUGUAAGAAGUGGCAUAAGGGUGAAAACAGGCAUUACCAAACAAAGCUGCUUGGCUUUGGCAGGAUGCCUCCCACCACAGCUGAUCUGCUUAUUGGAUGAAACACAUGUUGCUUGUCCUACAUCAGACCCAAUGUCGGACAACAGAAAAUGCAUUCCCCUUGCCCUGGCAUUCCCAGCGUCCCAUGCUGCUUUGUGCCUCCUUGUUGGGACCUGUGCCGACCCAUGCCUCAUGCAGAGGGAUGGGUAGACAUGGAUCUCACUGCAGGGCAGCACAGAAGUGUGGGGCAGCUCAGGAUCCUCUGUACUCUGUGCCUCUAUGCCAGAACCCACAUCUCUGUGUGAAGCACAGGUUGGCAUGGUUCCUGGCAAGGAGGUCCAGGGAGGUGCAGACCCCAGGGAACUCCUGGUGCCCCAUGCCUCUGCGCUGGUACCCAGGCUGGGUCCUGCACAAACCUGUGCUUCAUGCAGAGGACCAGGUCAGCAUGGAGUGGGUCCUGGAGCAGAAGCACAAGGCACCAUGAAUUCUCCGCAUCCCAUGCCUGCACACAAGGACCUACAUGGACUUUUUCUGCUUAUAGAGAUGUGCCCCUGAAGAUCCCAGGGCAGGUCUCUGUAAGUGGGAAACCGUGAUUUUUCCCCACUUUCCGAGAUGCACCCUGAAAUUCCUCAGGCUACUUUUCUGCAAAUAGGGAAAGACAGACUGGUGUCUCUUGGGCUUGACAGGCUUGAUCCUACAUGGGAAUUUCCAGGGUGCAAAGGAUUGGGCCCCUCAAGGAGCAUCUGGCCAGGGUGGCUAGAGAGAGUGUGGGUAGCUCCAGGCUGCCUGCACUCCUUUGCCACAGAGCAAAUAGAUAUCCUGUGCAAUAAAGUGGCAGUAUUUUACACAACCUUUUAUCGCAGCCAUGAGUAUAGUACAACAAAGGGUAGGGAUGUCUAUUUGCUUGCCAUUUGUACUGCUGUAAACAUUUUUAUGGCAGCACAAAUGCAGUAUCUUUUCUACCCCAAGAAACUCAUGUAUUGACUUGCAUUUGGAAGAGCUAUGAGAGAAAACUUGAGCAUCUGUUCCCAUCCUGCUCCUAAGUGUUGAAAUUAAAAAAUUAUUUGCGGAAGGUUGCAGAGGACAAUACAUUUCCCAAAAACACACAGGAAGCCAUUUGAUAAUAUUCCAAGAACAGAACAAAAAGCAACGUUAAUAUUUCCAUCCUCUCUCAAACACAGUCAUGCUUAGGGACUGUGCAUAUCCCUAGGUAUGUCCUUUCAUUUUUGUGUUCUUGCAUUUUCCAGCUCCUUUGUAAAAUGCUCUGAAAUAUGCUACAUAAGACCUGUGUAUUGAUUCAAAAGUUAAUGUAGUGUGGUAAAGGAGUGUCUCAGGAAGACAAUUUUUUUAGAUUUGUUUAAAAAAAUGGUCAUAAAGGGUAUCUGCAUUAUUUUGUGAGUCCACAUUAUUAUCAAUAAUUCACAAUCUCUGUGAUUGGAAGUUGUUUGAAAGAAUCAUAUGGUGCAUAUAUAUCACAGUAUUGUAAAGAAUUCUGUAUUUAAUGCCUCCAAUUCUAGAGGAUGACUGAAAAAUAUUGUAUGCUCAAAAUGUAUGUAAAAUAGAAUGUGUGCACACAGAUAUGCAGCUUACUUCGUACUGUUUAUAAAUAGAUUUCAACUGCAAAUACAAAGUUUAGAAUCCGGUCCUGCAGUACGUUAUGUCUGGGAGUGCUCUACCUCAUGGUAGGCGUUCUUAUGAAGAAUCAAUAAUUUUUUUUAUGAGAAUAUCAUUAUAGAGGCUGUCAAAGCUUGGUAUAAAUUUACUUUUAGUUUGAAGAGGAAAAGUAUAUCCACAUUAAGGUAUUACUUGUUUGGUAGUUUCUUCUUGGUUCUUUCCGAUUACCCCGUUUAACAUCAAAGGCAGCUUUACAGCCUGAGCUCUGCAAUGCUUUUAAUAUGGCUGAAGACUGAAUUUGAGGCUGGCUAAUUUAGACAAGAAUGGUUUUACCAUGCAGUAACACAUUGCAACCAGAGCCAGAAGGCAACUAGAAUUAAGUUGCAGCAAAAAAGUAUAAAACUAUGGAAAACUGUUUCUGAAACUAAUAAUACUUUUGAGUCACCCGUAAUGGUAAGUGCCUCCCAUUCUGAGUGAGAAUAGAAUGGAAAAAUAAUGUAAAUGGUAGCACUCCAGCCGGUCACUGCUUUCAAGAGUUUUUCCAUCGUAAUGCAAAUGGCUGACAAUCUUUGGAUUAAAUCACUUAUUCACUACAA